CACCGCGCAGGCAGAUCACGCGGAACGGAACAGUGUCUCCCCCUCUACCAACCUCCCGUGCGCCGUGCGCUCGCCUCGCCUGCCUGCCCUGCCAGUCGCUCCGGUUGCUCGUUUCGCCUACCUUCCCCGUCUGGACUCCUCGCGUUCGCCGCGGCGUCAACGCGGCUUCCUUCCCGCUGUCUCUCCGCCUCCGCCUCCCAGAUCCGGCGCCCAUGGCGAGGAACCCGGGCUGCACCGUCUUCAUAGGUAACUUGGAUGACAGGGUUCCUGAGAGGGUUCUGUAUGAGAUUCUUAUUCAGGUAGGUCGAGUUGUAGACCUACACAUACCUCGUGACAAGGAAACUAGUCGCCAAAAAGGUUAUGCUUUUGCCGAGUAUGAAACAGAGGAGAUUGCCCAGUAUGCUGUUAAGCUAUUUUCUGGCCUUGUUCGACUUCAUAAUAAAACACUUAGAUUUGCGAUCUCUGGGCAAGACAAACCCUCAUCAAAUAGCAAUAUGCCUGUAACUCCUAGGUUAAACCCUGUACCAGCACCAAAGGCUCCUCAUCUUAUGAGGUCUAGUGAUACUCCUGCAUCACAGCAAACAGUAGUGAAUGGCAGGAUUGCAGGGUAUGGUAUCUCACCAAGUCAUUCAUAUGACGCACAUUCUCAAGCACCAUCAAGUGGGUUACCGAGUAGAGGACUAAGCAAUGGUACGUAUGAGUAUAGUAGACAUGUAUUGGGUUCUGUUCUGAAUGAUGCUAGCAGUCGAGGUACCAGGGAACCAGUUCCAUACCCGUCCUACUAGCAUGUUGAGGUCCAGUGAUGGUAACUUGAUAUGCUGACAGAAUAGGCCACUGAAGCCAUUAUCUGUUGUCUCAGCCAUCUAUAAGGUUAUCUCCGUACUCACCAUUCCAUGCCUGUAAAUAUGGGUUAUGGUGGUAGGGCAUAUGCUUAUCUUUUGGGUUGUUCUGUUGUGCUUUACAUUGUAGUGAGAGUUGUCCCUGCUGAGGUUAGGUUCCGUCUCGUGCCCUAGUGAUCAAGGUCUUGCCUCCACAAAUGUGAUUGUACUAGGAAAGUAGGAAUUACCAUGUCUCUAGUUACAUGAAUGGGUGGCAAAACUUUGCAACUGCUGUUUACAUUAAAUGUCUCUAGCUGUUUCUUGUGUUAUAGGAGCAUGUUUGUGUUUAAGAUAUGAGUAUUUGGUGGAUUUUGUUUAUCGCCCUGUUGAAUCUGUAUUAUGUUGGACAUCAGAAGGGGAAAUGUUGUUUAAAAGAAAAGAAAUCUGCUCGCAAAUUAUGAUGUUCGUUUAUAUGAUAAUGUGAAUCUUUGGUUUAUACAUGACUUGUUUGCUUGAGCUGUCUGUCCGUGGCAGCAACAGGCUUUCAUUAACCCACAACAGGCUCUUGAGUAAUCAGAAUACCUUCUCUGUUACAUGGCUGCUUUGGUCCGGUAUUUGCAAGUUGAUCUGUUGUCACUUACAAGUUCAGUAGCAUGGAAGUUGUUACUGCUGGACUCUCACUUAACUGGUGAAUUAUCUAGCUAUUGCAUUGUUCCAAUGGUACUGCAUUCUCUGAGUCGCAAUCUUGCUGGUGACCCUGCAUUGUUGAUCAAGAUGGGUCAGAUGCUGUUCAUUUCUCAUCAGGUUGUAUUUGGAAGCUCCAUGCUUGUGGUCGUGAAUUCGACCACAUGGAAUUUGAAAGGAAAUCUAUCCUGUUGGAGCUCCAAAUUGCAGUCUACCAGAUCUUCUAAGGAUUGAAGAAUUUGUGAUACUGGAGGUCAGCCUAUGUGAUCAAUUUGGAUUCAAGAAUGGCAGUUGCACAAUUUUAUGGCAUAAUGAUACUACCUCAUGGUGUAACUAUACCCCUUGCAACCACCAAGUUCAUUUGAACCUUUGUGUCGACCUCCACCUGCUGGUAGGUCUUUUUCCGCAGUCGGGCUGCAGGCUGUGUCGUCUUGUUCUCGCACACUGAAGAAAAUUGAUCAAUCGUUGUGCGAACCAAUUUUUACUUUGAGGCUGCUCUGCUACCUGCAAUUUGGAGAUCGGUGACACGGUUCUCCGGUACCACGCCCCAAGUUUGCCGCCAGUGAGCUGAGACCUUGGGCACGUUCAUUGGCAACGUUGGUGCUGGGCAGCACUUCAUUGACUGCAUUGAACUUAGGUAAUGAAUUGGAACACCUUGCCGUGCGCCUGGUAUUCUUGAACCGCAAAGCUUCCCAUUAUAUGGAGAAUUUUAUGAACGCCGUA